AUGGUCGAUAUCGCCACCAACCUCGCCCAUUCCGUUGCGACUGCCGAAAAUGUGCCUCGCUCUCCUACCGAAUUCAAAGGAACUCAAUAUGUUUCCCGCCAGCUGCUCGUCCACCAGGUCGCAUAUAACCUCUCAGCGACCAUUUUCAACUAUUCUCCGGCUUCUCUGAACAUUGACCGGGCUGUACGCUCCUGGGCAGACUCGCAGCAGGUCAAUUUGUUCGGCCAGGUGCCCCACCUCAUGAAUUUAGAGUCUCGUGCAGGUGCCGGUGCUGCUCUGCUGGGCUACCUGCGGGCCACCAAGCAAAACGGCCCCGCUGCAGUUUUGUUGACUUCCGGAGCCUUUGAGUUCAUGCUCCCGGUGUUGCUUCAGCACCAGACUCUGCUCUCCAACCUCAAUGUCGCUUUCCAUGUUGCUGCCGUCGAGUACGAUCAGAACUCGGACCGUCUGGUCAAUGACUUUGACACUCCGUUGGCUAUCGCUCGCCAGCUUGGCUGGACUUCUGUCAUCUCAAACCUGGGUUCAGACGCACGCGAUGUUCAACAGACCGCCGUGCUUGCCAGCCAGCUAGCCACCGCUGGACCAGUUGUCCAUGUUUACGACGGUAUCCGCGGAACUGCCCAGCUGUCUCUGGUCCCCAUUUUGGAGCCCAGCACUUACAGUAAAGUUCCAUCAACUAUUACAACUAAUGUGACUGAUGCCAUUGCUACCACUAACGCUACUCUUGGCACUUCAUUCGCACCCAUCGAAAUUGCCUCUAGCACCGACGCUCAGGCUGCUGUGGUUGGUGUUGGCUCUGCUCUUCCUUACAGCCUGGAGGGCGUGACUCGUGUUAAUGUCCGUGUCUACACCCGCACCGUCGCUGUGGAUAUUCUUGAGCAGGUAAAGGCUAGCACCAUCUAUGUCCUUGAUGCUGGGCUGUACAAGGAGCUUUCUGCUGCUUCUCAUCUCGUUUUUGGUCCCGGCCGUGGUCCAGCUGUGGUCUUUUCUGAAGCCGAGACCGCAGAAUAUCUUGCUUCAGAGAUUGGUGUCACCACCGUGAACAUUGAUGAGCGCCGCAGCGCAGUGUUUUUCGACAGCGACUGCGCUCGCGCCGCCGGUGCCCCAGCUGCUAUUGCUCGUUUCACUCAGGCCGACUUCUAUCCUGUCUUUGAUAGCUUUGUUGCUGGUGGAUCAGUUGAGUCUAAUUUGCGUCUUGAUGGCACUGGUGCUCAACGUGUCGAGAAUGCCGCCUUUGUUUACGCCGGUGCUUUGAGUGUCGCCAAAACUGUCGACUUGGCUGCCCGUGCUGCUCCCGGUGCUAAUAUCGUUGUCGGUGCUCCAGCCGACAAGGUUGAGAAGCUUACUGCUGCUUCUAAGCGUAGUAUUGCCGCUAAGAAAUUGAACGUCUUCACUCUGGACUUUAAUCAGCUCGACACUUCAAAUACUCAGGGACGCACUGCUUCAAUGGCUGUCCAGGCUGCUUUCUGGUACCUAGGCGGUCAUGAUCUCACUCUAGAUCAAAUUACUACCCGGAUUGUCCAAGCCAACGGCCAAGACACCGAGCUUGUUGCUGCAACCGUCAACAAGUUGGCCGCCACAGUUAUCGAGAAGGGUCUAGUUCCUAUCGACACCAAGGAAUGGGCUACAGCCAGUGAAGAAAACGAACAGGUUCUGCCUGCAGCGUUCGUUGAGCGCUCAUUGGUCCCCAUGCAUUUCUCCACUUCUGAAGAGGAAGAGCCUGAGCGUGAAAUUGAAGAACUCACUCGUUCUGAGAUUGCUCAGCGCUUUGUCUUCUCUGAGGCUUUCAACGAGAAGGAAGAACUUCGUCCUGAUGUUUCGUCAAAAGCUGUCAUUGCUAAGGUCCAGGUCAACCAGCGGGUCACACCUGAAAAUUACGACCGGCACAUUUUCCAUAUCGAGCUCGAUAUCACCGGAACUGGCCUCACCUAUGCCAUUGGUGAAGCCUUGGGUAUCCAUGCCCCCAACAAUGCCGACAAUGUUAGUGAGUUUAUCCAGUGGUAUGGAAUUGAUGCUAAUGAAGUCUUUGGUGUUCCUCAUGGUGAUUCACCCGACGUGAUCGAGUACAAGACCGCUUUCCAGGCUCUGCGUGAUAACCUUGACGUCUUUGGAAAAGUUCCCAAACGCUUUUUCGAAGAGCUUGCCAAUUAUGCCACCAAGGAGGAUCAACGCCAGAAACUGCAGCUCCUGGCUCUCCCAGCCGGCGCCGAGGAGCUGAAGCGCCGUAAUGAGGUCGAUUUCGACAACUAUGUCGAUAUUUUGAAAGAGUUCGACUCUGCCCACCCUCCAUUUGCCAAGCUUGCUCAAAUGAUUGCGCCCCUCAAGCGUCGUGAGUACUCAAUUGCUUCCUCGCAGAAGGUCCACCCCAAUGCAGUGCACCUGCUGAUUGUCGUGGUUGACUGGGUUGACAAGAACGGCCAGAAGCGUUACGGCCAGUGCUCCAAGUUCUUGGCCGACCUCCGCCAUGGUGCAGAGGUCACCGUUUCCGUCAAACCCUCAGUCAUGAAGUUGCCCAAGGACCCCAAGACACCCAUCAUCAUGGCUGGUCUCGGAACCGGUCUUGCUCCAUUCAAGGCUUUCCUCGAGGAGAAAAUGUGGCAGCGUGACCAGGGCCAUGAAAUUGGUGAGGUGUUCCUCUUCCUGGGCUCUCGUCACCAGCGCGAAGAAUACCUGUACGGUGAGCUUUUCGAGGCUUUCAAGUCGGCCGGGGUGUUGACGCAUAUCGGUGCCGCCUUCUCGCGUGACCAGCCUGAAAAAAUCUACAUUCAGCACCGCAUUUUGCAAGCCAAGCCAGAGCUUACCGAUGCCUUUGUUGUCAACUCCGGUAACUUCUAUCUGUGUGGUCCCACAUGGCCUGUCCCCGAUGUGUCGGCUGCCCUGAGCGACAUCGUUACGGCCGAGGCGGCUACGCGUGGGGAAAAGAUCGACUCCGGCCGUCUUAUCGAGACUCUCAAAGACGACGAACGCUAUAUCCUCGAAGUGUACUAA